UAAGCUUGUGGUCACGCUGCACAUGUAUUGUGCCGAUACAAACCCAAAUUUUUUUUAGCGUUGCUUAGCUAUUCAAUUAAAAAAAUGUCAUACUUACUUACUGAGAUUGCCUUAGAAAUGUUAGGCUAUAAAUUUUACGAUACGAAUGGAGAUUUUCAUUUAACGAACUUCCAGCAUUCAAUGACUGCUGUAAAAAGCGAUUUACAUUCUGAUGAACCAUCCUUAAUGGAUUUUAUUCACCAGACAUCGAAUACCGAAUCCGAAUCGAGUCUAAUAUGUGGACAAAGCAAAGAUACGUAUGAACCGUCUUCUCUAGAUCAGUCAACUAAGUCGUUGAUAUCAGUUGACUUACGGAGAGCACCUGCUAGAGCGUUGGCAAAGAUGAUGAAGCAUGAAAGUGGCAAAAUCUUCAAUGAUUUUACAAAAAGGAAUUCCAGAAAAUUCAGUAAUUCUGGUACUUCUGAAGCAAUAUCUAAUAUGACGGCAGUUCCAGCGACCAAGUCUCGUACUUCAGCCAAUGCAUUGUCUAACAUUUUAGACUACGAAAUCACAACUAUUCGAGGCCAAAUAUCACAACGCCUGGAAGCAUCUUUGCAGAAAAGCGUAACUUCAAACAAAGAAAUAUUUCACAGACAUUGCUGUUCAGUGGAAAAAAAUAAAAUUAUAGAGGACGCCAAUGGAAUGAAGAAGUUUCGAUUAAUUUUGGAAGAACGCCUGCGUCGAAUUGAUCCUCGUCCAUAUGCAACAUACAAAAGAACAUUUGGAUUAGAAUAGUUGAAUAAACCUUAUUUUCAGUGCAACUGGUCACACAGUUGGAAGUGCAUAAUAAUACUUGUCACAUAACGGCUUGUUCUCCAUACACAAAAUAAGAAAUUGCUCAUAUCAGGGGUGCCACGAAAAUCUCACAAACGAGGUGCUCCAAAAUCUUAAGAUAUUUUAAUGUUCCGAGUGUUUUGUCUGUCUAAUAAGCAAACCAUGAACGGCAAAAAAAAUGGUUGCCCUUCUUCAAAAACAUGUUUUAAAAUAAAUUAUCGAAUCUGUCUUUAUUUUUAGUGUCAAAUCCAGGCAUUAGAGUUCUACUUAAAAAUUAGAAUACAAUUAAAUUGUUUAACAAA